UGGAGGUGGUCAAGUAUAGGCUGAGCAGUGGCUGGUCAGGAAAGCUGCAUCCCAGGCCAGAUGCCUAAGGGAUACCUGGACUUUGACUUGUGGGUUGGUCCCACCCAAGGGAGUGUCUGUGUCAGUGAGGACUCGGUGCUUUGACAGGGUGGAGGUGAGCACCCUCCAGGGCAAGGUCAGUGAACAACCCCUGUGUGAGGUGAGCAAGAGCCUCCGCUGCCCUUGUCUCGCUUCCCCUGUGAGAGCCAGUGCCUCGGCCGCUCAGGAGAGCCCUCGGGACCCGGGGCGGCUCUAGUCCGGCUCCCAUCGCUGCCCCUCCCACAGCUGCUCUCAGGUCCUAUCGCAAGUACAUCGGACACAGAGCAGCCGAACUGAGAAAAUGCAUUUUAAUAAAACCCAUUGAUUUUUGUGGGUGCAAGUCAAGGAAAAGGCACCUAAAGAGUCUUCCAUCCCCUGCCACCUCCCCCCUCUCCUGACCUGUGGUGGGGCGGUCACACAUCGAUCCUUCCUGGAUAAUAGAUCGCGCCACCAGGAGGACCCCCGGGACCGAAGGGAGCUGGGAGCAGCGCUGCAGCCCAGCCGAGUUAAUCAAACCAGCAACAGGAUCUCAGGGCGGCAGCGGCGCGCGGAGGCAUUAUGCGUGAUUACUGACAGGCACCAGCUGCCGGUCGGCUCCAGCGCGCUAUGCGGCCGCCCCAGUUGAGAGGCGGAUUCCUGGCUAAUCCCCGAGGGCUGGCCCAGCCCGCGCAGCCGGGUGCGGGGUGGCGAUGACCACUCUUGGGCGCCCGAGUUGAAGGGCACGGCCGUGCCUGGGGCGGGGAGCCGCGAUCUUCAGAGACCCGGCAGCGAGGACUAUGAGUGGAGAGUAAACAUGUACGGGAAUUAUCCUCACUUCAUGAAGUUCCCCACCAGCUUUGGCGGCUCCCCCGGCCACUCUGGCUCCACGUCCACGAGCCCAUCGGCAGCCUUGUCCACAGGGAAGCCCAUGGACAGCCUCCCCGGCUACACGGACACCCCUGUGAGUGCUCCACGGACUCUGAGUGCGGUGGGGACCCCCCUCAAUGCACUGGGUUCUCCGUAUCGGGUCAUCACGUCUGCCAUGGGCCCGCCCUCAGGAGCGCUGGCAGCCCCUCCAGGAAUCAACCUGGUCGCCCCGCCCAGCUCUCAGCUCAAUGUGGUCAACGGGGUCAGCCUCUCAGAGGACGUCAAGCCCUUGGCCGGGCUCCCCGGGCUCGGGACCAUGAACUACCCGUCCACCAGCCCCGGGCCCCUGGUCAAGCACAUCUGCGCCAUCUGCGGGGACAGGUCCUCAGGCAAGCACUACGGCGUGUACAGCUGUGAGGGCUGCAAAGGCUUCUUCAAGCGCACGAUCCGCAAGGACCUGCUGUACACCUGCCGGGACAACAAGGACUGCCUCAUCGACAAGCGCCAGCGCAACCGCUGCCAGUACUGCCGCUACCAGAAGUGCCUGGUCAUGGGCAUGAAGCGGGAAGCCGUGCAGGAGGAGAGGCAGAGGAGCCGGGAGCGGGCAGAGAGCGAGGCGGAGUGCGCGGGGGGCGCCCACGAAGGCAUGCCCGUGGAGAGGAUCCUGGAGGCGGAACUGGCCGUCGAGCCGAAGACAGAGUCCUACGGCGACAUGAGCAUGGAGAGCUCGGUAUGUGCCCUGGGCACCGCCGCUCCCCGGCCUGGAGGCGGAGGGUGUGCUGGGGCCCCGAUUCCAGCCUCAGAACUUGUCCCGUUUCAGACCAACGACCCUGUCACCAACAUCUGCCACGCGGCCGACAAGCAGCUGUUCACCCUGGUCGAGUGGGCCAAGCGCAUCCCCCACUUCUCAGGCCUCUCGCUGGAGGACCAGGUCAUCCUGCUCCGCGCAGGGUGGAACGAGCUUCUGAUCGCCUCCUUCUCCCACCGCUCGGUCUCCGUGCAGGACGGCAUUCUCCUGGCCACCGGGCUGCACGUGCACCGGAGCAGCGCCCACAGUGCUGGCGUGGGCUCCAUCUUUGACAGAGUCCUGACCGAGCUGGUCUCCAAAAUGAAAGACAUGCAGAUGGACAAGUCGGAGCUGGGGUGCCUGCGCGCCAUCGUGCUGUUUAACCCAGAUGCCAAGGGUCUGUCCAACCCCUCUGAGGUCGAGACCCUUCGGGAGAAGGUCUACGCCACCCUCGAGGCCUACACCAAGCAGAAGUACCCGGACCAGCCGGGCAGGUUCGCCAAGCUGCUGCUGCGCCUGCCCGCCCUGCGCUCCAUCGGCCUGAAGUGCCUGGAGCACCUCUUCUUCUUCAAGCUCAUUGGGGACACGCCCAUCGACACCUUCCUGAUGGAGAUGCUGGAGACCCCGCUGCAGGUCACCUGAGCCCCCGGCCCGCCUCCCGCCUGGCGGAGCUCCGGGCAGCUGUGUGGGGACCCGUCCUGCCCAGGCUCCCCCGCUUCCCACCGACCCUUCCUGCCCUGGAAUGUGAUGUUUAUAAUAAAGAACCCUUUCUACGCACAGGCCUUUGUGGGGGGGAGUUCUGAAUGUCAGAGGACAGCCUUCUCGCUCUCUAAGGGGCGGGACCUUUCCGGAAGUUCUUGGAAAGCUAACCGGCCCCUGUGCAUAUGGGUGUUCGCAUUAUUUUUCACUUCCCACGGAAAGCAAGCGGACGAGCAAUGACCUCACACAUCUGCCCCCCGUGGUGCUGGAGCGAACCGUCCCAGA